UUCCUGUUUGCAUAGCCAGUCUUCUUAGUGUAAACAACGCAGCUGAUUUCUAUGCUGUCAGGUGCUGAACAGCAGCAGCUGAGUGCUUCAGUUAUGGGGAGUAUAAAAGAACCAGAGGUUGGGACAGUGCAGUGUUCACUGAUUCCUCCGCGGAGUGACCACAUGUCCUUCCUGGAGGGACACAACCUGUACGUCUGGGGGGGCUGCCAGUGUAAGGAUGGACAAGAAACAUUUUUACCCAGUGAUGAGAUCUGGCUUUAUGAUAUGGAGAGUGGAGUUUGGUCUCUGAGUCAUAUAGGCGGAGAGGUUCCUCCUGUUCUUUCACAGGCUUGUGGUGCAUAUCUUCAGGGCAUGCUUUACAUUUUUGGGGGAUGUGACAUCAAUGGCCACACCAACACGAUGUAUUGUGUUGACCUGCUGGGUGUGGAAUAUAGCUGGAGAAAAGUGACAGACACAGUGGGGGGAACACCCUCUCCUAGGGUCAGACAUUCCUGCUGGGUCCACGAAAACAGGCUCAUCUACUUUGGUGGAUAUGGAUGCAAAACAGUCAGAGAGGUCAACAACUCCAAGAGCUUUAUGGUUGACGAGACUAACUGGGCAACAAUCGGGUCAGAUUUUUUCCAAUUAUGGGGUUGGAAUAAUGAGGUUCAUAUGUUUGAACCUGUGACAGCCACAUGGACUGAACCACAAACCCAGGGCCAGCAUCCAGAGCCCCGGUCCUCACAUGCCAGUACUAAUUUAGGUCAUAAAGGCUAUAUAUGUGGAGGCCUGGAAAUGCAGAUGAUAGACAUUCAUUCUUUAGAUCUGGUAACAUGGACGUGGACACAAAUUGAACAUCAGACUGCUUCUCUUCCACGAGGCCGCACUCUUCACACACUUACUGCCAUCUCAGAUGACACACUCUUCCUGUUUGGAGGACUCAGUACUUCUGGGGAGGUGCUCAGUGAUGGUUGGGAAUUUGACACUAAGACAAAAGAAUGGAGAGAAAUAGACCAUGCACAUAAAGACAAGCCCAGGCUGUGGCAUUCUGCUGCUAAGGGGAGAGACGGUGAUGUAGUCAUAUUUGGAGGAAGCCAGACCUACCUCUUUGUAAUGGAUUCGGUUGCCAUUCUCAGGUCUCCCUCUCAGAAUCACUGUGCAGAUGUGCUAUUAUUUCAGACUCAACCAUACUCCCUGUCAAGAUUAUGUGAAGACUGCAUAGGAAAACACAUAUCUUCUGUCCAAGAGCAGGUGUUGUGGUUACCGGCUAAGCUUCAGAAGACAGUUAGCAAGAGGAUAUCCUAUUUCAGGGGAAAUGCUCAAAAUAUAGGUGCAGGUUCAUAGGUUCAUGUGACAGGGUGACCUGUCCCUGUUGGUUAGCGCAGCACACACAGACACACACACACACACACACACACACACACCCUCUUACCUCAUCCACCGUUCCCUGCUGGGGCAUUGUGGGUGCACACGUACGCCAUUAGCACGCUGGUCAUCAUACACGCAAACAUAGCCACUCCAUUUCCAUCCCCUUCAGAAUCCCUGCUGCGCAUAACAACUUGCAUACAUACCUGAGUUGUGUUUGUGUCUGUUUCUAUGUUUUAUGUUUUGUCAUGUUAUGUUAAUACAUACCUGUGUUCGGUGUUUGUCAGCGUCUGUGUUGCCGGUCUUUCGCGUUGCUUCUCCAGCAUCGAUCGACCGAACCCGAGCGCCACCCAGCGGCCUGGAUAAAUAGUGCCAGGACUGCUGUGUGUGGCCGCAUCGGCGCGAAGCAACCGGAAGUCGGCUCGUCCAUUGUCUUGGUUGGAAAUUUGUUAUUAUUAUUAUUAUGCAAAUUUUUAUUUGUCUAUAUUUGUAUUUGUUAUUUUUGGUUUGGAGUUUGUUUCUGUAAAUAUUUUGGCUAUUUUUUGUGUGUAUAUAUUUUUGUGAUGUUGUGAAAAUUGUACAUACUCACCUGAAAUACUUACCCACUAAUUUAUGCAAUGUUUUAACAAAAGGGGCGGAGCUUGGACUAUAAAGAGGAUCCCCAAAGAACUUUUGGGAGUCAGUUAACCUGGCGAGCGAGCAUGCAAGUGUGGUGCCAUGAGCAACUUAUCAUCGGAGGAGUUUGCGUGGAUAUAUUUAUAUAUAUUUUUGUUUUCGUUUCCUUACAUUAACAUUUACAUUUAUUCAUUUAGCAGACGCUUUUAUCCAAAGCGACUUACAGAUGAAGACAGUGGAAGCAAUCAAAAACAACAAAAAGAGCAAUGAUAUAUAAGUGCUAUAACAAGUCUCAGUUAGGUUAACAGUACACGUAGCAUGGGAUUUUAACUAAUAUAAUAAAUAAAAAAAAAACAGAUAGAAUAAAAAAAUUAAAAAAAAAGAAUAGAGCAAGCUAGUUAGAGGUCUUUACACAUACACACACACAUAAAUAUACAAUUGCAUAAUAAAUGAAAAGAAAAUAGAAUACAAAAAGAUUAGAAGGAUAGUUAGAUUUAUUAAAGAAUAGAAUUAGAAUAGUGAGUGUUAAAGUUAGAGGGUCAAAUAAAGAUGGAAGAGAUGUGUUUUAAGCCGAUUCUUGAAGAUGGCUAAGGACUUGAGUUGGGGAGUUCAUUCCACCAGAAGGGAACAUUUAAUUUAAAAGUCCGUAAAAGUGACUUUGUGCUUCUUUGGGAUGGAACAAUCAAGCGACGUUCACUUGCAGAACGCAAGCUUCUAGAGGGCACAUAAGUCUGAAGUAACGAAUUUAUGUAAAUGGGUGCAGAGCCAGUGGUAGUUUUGUAGGCAAACAUCAAUGCCUUGAAUUUUAUGCGAGCAGUUAUUGGAAGCCAGUGCAAAUUGAUAAACAGAGGUGUGACGUGUAUUCUUUUUGGCUCAUUAAAAAUUAAUCUUGCUGCCGCGUUCUGAAUUAAUUGUAAAGGUUUGAUAGAAUUGGCUGGAAGACCUGCCAAGAGGGCAUUGCAAUAGUCCAGCCUGGACUAUUUUUUUUUUUCAGACUGUUUCCUUUUGUAUUGUGUUUAUUGUUUCAGUUUUCUUUGUUACUUUUGGUUGUUUGUGUACUGGGACUGUUUCACCUCUCGAGCACUGUAAAUAAACAUCACUUUACACCUUA